CUGCGGGCGGAGGCGGCGGGGAAACAUGGCCGCGGCGGAGGCGGCGGAGACUCAGCUGAUGCUGGGAGUGGGUCUGAUCGAAAAAGAUACAAAUGGAGAUGCUCUGUGGGUCUGGUGUUAUCCUUCCACCACAGCUGAAUUAAGAGACAUGCUUUUGAGAAAAUGCUGCCUGACAGAUGAAAAUCAACAGCUUCACACCUUUGUGUAUGGCCAGUAUAGAAGAUCAUGGUUCUAUGUUACUACAACUGAAGUUCCAGAUUCUUCUGUUUUAAAAAAGGUGACUCAUUUUUCUAUUGUUCUGACUGCCAAAGAUUUUAACCCUGAGAAAUAUGCUGCCUUUACUAGGAUACUGUGCAGAAUGUACUUAAAACAUGGAAGUCCAGUUAAAAUGAUGGAAAGUUAUAUUGCAGUUCUUACAAAGGGGAUAUGCCAGAGUGAAGAAAAUGGCUCUUUCCUUAGCAAAGAUUUUGAUGCCCGAAAGGCAUACCUUGCAGGUUCCAUCAAAGAUGUGGUAUCCCAAUUUGGAAUGGAAACGGUCAUCUUAUAUACUGCUCUGAUGCUAAAGAAGAGAAUUGUGGUCUACCACCCUAGAAUAGAAGCUGUCCAGGAGUUUACAAGGACUCUACCUGCCUUGGUAUGGCAUCGACAGGACUGGUCAAUUCUUCAUUCAUAUGUGCACCUUCAUACUGAUGAGUUGGAAGCACUGAAGAUUUGCACAGGUUAUAUUGCUGGAUUUGUGGAUCCUGAGGUGAGCAGCAGGUCUGAUCUUUAUGAUGUCUUUGUGAAUCUGGCAGAUAGUGAGAUUACAGUUUCUCAACCUGCAAAAGAAGCCAUGACCAUGGGGAAGCUACACAAAGAAAUCGGUCAACUAAUUGUUCAAUCUGCAGAAGACCCAGAGAAGUCAGACAGCCAAGUGAUUAAGGAUAUUUCACUUAAAACAAGAGAAAUCUUGGCCAACCUUGCAUCAUUUGCAGAAGUUUCUGAUGACGGAGAGAAACCAAAACUCAGCUUUGAGGUGCUGAAACAAAAACGAUUUCCACCAGCUACAGAAAACUUUCUGUGUCAUCUCGCAGCUGCUGAACAAAUGCUUAAAAUCUGAUUCCACGAUAGAUUGUAUAGCUGGUAUGAAGUAUGAAGCUCUUCUUUACUAUUAUGAUCCACUAAUGUCCAAUUCGAAAAGUAGCAAAAGAAAAAGUUAUAUUUUUAACGAUUUAUUUGAAAGUGUUGACAUUUGAUUUGUAAUACACUGAUGUACCUCUGAAAACACUUCUCAUUUUCUCUUUUCUCACAGUUUUAUAAAGUCAGUGGAGUUGAACAAAAUAAUGGAACUACACAGAUAAUGUUACAAAAACAACUUGGACCCUAACAUAAGAACAAAACUAACAGUUGCUUUUCAUAAUUACAGAAAACCAGAAAGCCUUCAAUUUCGUACUACAAAAACAGUCUAGUUUAUCUCAUUACAUAGCCAUAAUAAUAGUAAUGGUUUAUUUUCAGUAAGCAGCCUGAAAUUUUGCUUUGUAAUCUUCUGCGAAGAACUUGAAUUCCUCAUGAGGAACUCUACUUUCUGAGCCAGACAAUAGAAUUUUCUGCAGAAUUGUCUCAAAGAUCAUUAAAAAGACACUGCAGGAGCACUUUCUUGUAUAAAACAGUUUGUUUUCUUGGCCUUUAAUAUUGGGUUUGCAGAGAUUUUAUACUUAGGAGUAGAUAACUUUAAUAGUUCAUAUUUAUACUAUUACAGAAUUAAGCAUCUGGCCUCCUUAAGCCAUCGAUACACUUCAAUCAACUUGUACUAGAAAUACUCCUGGGGGAUGGAGGAACAGAUUAUCUGUUUAUCAUACAUAUAUGUCUGUAUGUUGGAAAAAACUUUUACAGUCAAUAAAGGAGUGUGAGAAUCACCUCUUUGCUAGAGCCAAAACUUAAGGAACCAUUUUAAGGAUUUCAUUAUUGGUAAUAGGGUUAUAUGGGAAAGCAACUAUCCUUGUUCAUGUACUAUAAUUUUUUUUUAGUAAUUGGAAAAUUUUUUUCAGUUUCCAAGUUAGCAUGAAUGUUCAAACUAUGUGUGCCAGUUAUUUUGUUUAAUGUGGUCAUAUAUUUGCUUUUUCUUAACAUAGCACUGACAUCUUAAGAAUUCUUGCCAAGAAAUAGACUCAGUGAAGAAUUUAGUUAAAAGCUUCUUUUACUUUCUUCUGGGUGUUAGAAGGCUCUUGAUCAAAUGUUUCUUUGUUUUUCAUUUUGGUCUUUAAAUUGAGAGGAUGUUUACUAAGGGGAACCAAGUGAAAACUAAAUCUGCACUUUAUAAAAAUGAAUAGCAUGAAUAACGUU